AGCCCGGCAUCCCGCGACGCCCGCCCGCAGCCUGCCGAGCCCCCGCGGGCCGCCGGGGAAGGGAGGGAAAGGAAGGAGGGGGGGAAAGCUUUAAGAAGGAAAAACAAUCAUAGUGUUAUCUUAUUUUUUCAAAGAAAGGCUUUGAAAGGGAAUUUGGAAGGGGAAAUUAAAGGGAAAAAGUUUAAAAGUUGGAAAGGAGGGGGAAAAAAACUUUAUAAAGAAAAAUUUGAAGAGAGCGAUUUUUUUUUAUUAGUUUAAGAUUUAAAAAAAGAGAGAUUGAGGGAGCAGGGGAAAGAAAAACCACCCCAUAAUUGCGAAGGGCUCGAUCGGGCGCCGGAGAACAAUACUCACCGGGAAAGUUGCAGCGCGGCCCGUGAGGGAGCGGCGUGAGGAAAAUGCCGCAGCUGGGCAGCGGCGGCGGGGACGACCUGGGGGCCACGGACGAGAUGCUGGCCUUCAAGGACGAGGGCGAGCAGGAGGAGAAGAUCCCCGAGAACGCCUUCACGGAGCGCGACUUGGCCGACCUCAAGUCCUCGCUGGUGAACGAGUCCGAGGGGAGCGGCAGCCCGGCCGCCGCCGCAGCCGCCGACCCUGAGGCCGUCAGGAGGGUGCAGGAUCCGCAGAGGGCUUAUCAGGAGAAGCUGCCCGAGCACAUGGAUGAUGGUAUGAAGCACCAGGACCCAGGGAUGUAUAAAGGAUCUGCGUACUCUGGCUACCCCUUCCUCAUGCUCUCAGAUCCGUAUCUGCCAAAUGGAUCCAUGUCGCCGCUGUCCAACAAGGUUCCUGUUGUGCAGCCGUCACACGGCGUCCACCCGCUCACCCCGCUCAUCCCUUACAGCAACGACCAUUUCAGCCACGGCUCCCACUCACCCCACUUGCCCGCUGACAUCAACCAGAAGCAAGGAGUGCACCGUCCAUCCCAGACCUCAGACAUCCCCGGAUUCUACCCCCUCCCUCCCGGUGGAGUCGGACAGAUCACGCCGUCGAUGGGAUGGCAGAGCCAGUCUGUCUAUCCGCUCCCGUCAUGUGGAUUUAGGCAGCCGUAUUCGUCAGCGCUUUCUGCUGGGGCUUCUUUCUCCAGGUUCACUCACCCACUGAUGCUGGGCUCUGGCAUGCACACCACUGGCAUCCCACACCCCGCCAUCGUGCCCCACUCCGGCAAGCAAGAGAUGGAGCACUAUGACAGGAACAUGAAACCUCAACCAGAACCAAAGAGAGAGAAGGAAGCCAAGAAGCCCACUAUCAAGAAGCCCCUGAAUGCUUUCAUGUUGUAUAUGAAAGAAAUGCGGGCAAAAGUCAUUGCUGAGUGCACCCUGAAAGAGAGCGCCGCCAUCAACCAGAUCCUGGGACGGAGGUGGCACGCGUUGUCCCGGGAGGAGCAGGCCAAGUACUACGAACUGGCUCGCAAGGAACGGCAGCUCCACAUGCAGCUCUACCCCGGCUGGUCUGCCAGGGACAACUACGGGAAAAAGAAGAGACGAACACGGGAAAAGCAGCAAGAUUCCAACUCAGAUAACUCUCUCCACUGUCCCUAGGAGGAAAAAGAAGUGCAUUCGGUACCUACAAGGAGAAGGACGCUGUGCCAGCCCAGUUUCUUCCGAUGGAAGUGCUAUAGACUCCCCUCCCUCUCCUCUGGACGCACUCCAAUGCAUCUCCUCUGCUUUCCCUUCAGACAAGCUCGCAGCCCCCGCUGACUCCGCACACAGAGAUCACCCCGACCCCUUCCCCGGCUCCGCUCACCUCCAGCCCCCCUCCAGCUCCUCCAGACGGACGCCCACAGAGUCCCCUCCACGCUGCGUGGCCUCCACGGGGACAUAGUCCUGCGCCCCCCCCGGGCACCGGGUACCUCCUUUCAGUGCCCAUUGCCAAGGACCAGAAGCCACAUUCCCCAUCGCACUGUAGAACGUGCAGGGUUAGGACAUGGGAUGCCUUGAGGAUGCUGGAAAACUCCUUUAGUUUUUAUUUCUUUUGGGGGGUGGGAGAGGUGUUAAAGAUAGAAAAGUGAUCUCCAAAACAAAGGGUAAUGAGAACUUGCCAAGAUUUAAAGUGCUGAUGAGUAAACAAGCCUUUGUCCCUGCCCUGUGCUGCUUUUCUUCUUUGUUUGGGAGGUUUUGGUUCUUUUAUUGCAUUAUCUCCAGGUAUGGUGGGAAGCAGAGCCCACCUCCCCAGCUUGCUGCAGUAGAUGGUAGGUGCUAUCACCCUAACACUGCCUUUGCUCCCUGCUUCCAAGCGUAGUCACUCACUCACACAUCUCUUGUAGCCGUUCCACCAUGGAGCUGGAAAGGCUGGAAUAGGAGCAGUUUAAAAGCUGAAACUCAGUGUAGUGAUGCCGGCUUUGAUCCGACCGGAUAAUAGAGAAAAAGAGCUUUUCAGCCGAGGAGGUGAACGUUCCCAAGGUGCUGUUACAGGUAACGGGUCUCAUGAAGAUGUGCACCAUGAGCAUGGCAGAGGGAAGGGAAGCACUGAGCACAGAAGGAGCUGGACCAGCCCCUGGCAGGGCUGAGGGCCCAUUGCUCACUGCAGGGGCUGUGCAGGGGCUCCCCUGCUAACAGAGGUUGUCCUCUGUAGAUCAUGGUCACAGCUCCCUGGAUGCUGGGCAAAGCCUAAAAGCUCUCCCUGGAGCUCCCUCCCCAGCACAGUCCAGCAGCUCCUGCUCCAGGCACCCUCAGAGCCCUUCUGGUGAUGCUUUGGUGGGUAACUUCCUAAAAUCCCCUUCCUCUGCUUUUGGACCUGCACAAGAUCCUCCCUCCACCCUCAGGACGAUGGCAAAUGUUCAGUGUGUCCUCUCCAGCUUGAAAACCUUCACCACUUUCUGGUGUUCUAUUUAUGUUUGAGCUUGACCAACACAACCCCACUGUGGCCGGGCUGAGAUCAACUUGAUCCCAUCUCAAGCCCAAAUGAAUCCAAUCACUUCUUGAUUUCCUUUGGGUUUCCAGACUCCCCCCACCCAAUUCAGCCCAAAUCAUCCCCUCCUUGAAAGAGGUUCCAGACCAGUGAAGGGAUAAAUAACACCGCACAGAGGGAGAGGGGUGUCUGGUUUUUGUACUUCUUGGGGUUUAAAGUCCUGAACACAAAUUAUGUAGUAAUAUUAUUGUAGAACUGCAGAAAUUUAUGACCUUUAUAAUGUACAAAAAUAUUUUUAUAUUGUUUUUCUUAAUGCAAAAAAAAGCCACAAACCCAAUUUUUUUACAUUGGACUAAACAGAACUUUUUAAACCAGUUUAUGUCUCAAAGUCUGAAAAGAAAAUUAUUAGUCUGUAGAACAGCUUUGGGUUUAUUCCCUUUAUUUAGGUAGUUUGGCUUAGAGUAGCAUAGAGUUGGGUUUAAGUCCAGUCUUAGUUUAGCUCUGAACCUGUCGCUUUAUUCUUCUCCUGUGUAAAUGUAACUUCAGAAGCACUGAAUGAAAGCUCCUGCACAAACCUGGACAGGAUGAAGUCAUUUUAGUGGUUCAAAGAAUCAUUUUAAAGCUUAAAAGAGUUAUUGUAAAGCUUGAAAGGAUCAUUUUAGCCCUUAGGGAAGCAGCAUUACCUGACCCCAUGCCUGCCAUACAUUGGGCGAUGUACUGACUGCACUCAGAGAGGGGUUAGUUCUGGAGUUCCAUGCUCUGGUUUACAUUACUUUGCCAGCUUAGACAAGAGCAGGCACCAGGGCUGAACAAGAAGCUGCUGCUCAGGCUCUUCCCAGACACCCCCAAAGUCUUUUUUUACCACUUGUAUUUACAACGCACCCAAAACUUGCUUUACAGAACAAUAGCAAUGGCUCAGCUCGUGCCUGUCACUGAGACCUGCAGUGUAUGGGGCUGUCAAAGCAUCAGCCACUGCAAACACCACAGAGGACAAAGCAGCCUCAGUGGCGUAGCUUAACCCAGCACUGGUGUAAAGCUGUUGUAAGUUACUAUGCAAUUGGUAUUAUGGGGCUGUCCAGAGAAGCUGUGGCUGCCCCAUCCCUGGCAGUGUCCAAGGCCAGGUUGGACACAGGGGCUUGGAGCAAGCUGCUCCAGUGGAAGGGGUCCCUGCCCAUGGCAGGGGUUGGAACUGGAGGAGCUUUAAGGUCCUUUCCAACACAAACCAGGCUGGGAUUCUAUAAAACAAGUUAGCACCAAAGAAAGGAAUAAGAGAAAAAGCAAAUGGGCAUAAAUAAGACCAGUGGGAAUUGAGGGGUAAGUCCCAGACCUAUUCACCUGCAUCCCUACCCAAGGAGCAGCUCUCACCAGGGCUUUCACCUGCUCAUUCCAAGGCUGCUUUGGUCAGUCUCCCCAGGGGCUCAGGGCGCAUCCCUACAACAGCCUCCUCUGAGCCCCUUUAUCCCAUCCAAUUCCCACCCAGUCCCCACAGUGAAUCCCACUGCCCUUGGCAGCAUCUCCACACACAGCCUGGAGCAGCUACACCUGCUUUUUGAGCCCGUAGUGUUCUGACCUGUGCUUGCUCCACACAGGCAGAGGGAGAGCUGCCCUCUGCUCCCAAGUGCUGCAGGCUAAGCUCAGACUGCUCCUCAGUGCCCUGCAGCAUGUUCACUUUAGGCUGGAAUAACAGAACAGAGUUCAGAGCUUCCAAAACACACAAGAUAAGAGACCAUUAAGUUGCCCAUUGCCAAGACAAAACAGUGACCAAGAGCUGCAGCACAGCCCAAGGCUGAUCCCCAACACCAAAACAAGGUUACCUUGAGUAAUACCAGAAAGUGUCUUUAGAAACACCCCAUGAAGUGUUCCUGGUUUGUGUUAAUGCUCUUUUUCUUUUUUAAACAGAAGGAAAACUUUGCCCUUUUUUAGUUCUUUUCACAGCAAUUUCAACUCUUCCUUAAAUCCAUCAUUUGACUUCCUGAAAUCAGUUUGAAUGUCCAAGGCCUGGAAGUACCACUUCAUUCAAGCCGAGUACAAGCACUGUAUGUAUGUAGCAGGGAUCAAUUGUCGCAGCUGUACUUUCAUUUGUCCAGUGACAUCCACCUCUUGUUGUAAGUUUUUUACUUCAUUGAAUUGUAUGGUUUUGGCUUUUAUGUUCAAAAUAUGUUUAUAGCUUUAUAAAUAAAGUAACUGCCAGAGGGGCUCUUUGAGAUGGGCCACUGGGAGUUCUGAUCUGAACUUCUCAAA